AUGCCCUUGGGUGAGGCUAGUUCUAAUGGAAUUCCAUUGGAUUUGGAGUUUUCUUUGGAUGAAAUUCGAGCGGAAUUGGAGAAAUUGGGCAUAAAAGAAACCUCUCUAGCCCAAUUGACUGCUAUCAAGGCGGAUUUGGACAAAAUGAUUGCUCGCGAUCUGGACAGUCUUUCCCUUGAUGGAAGUGGGGAUCGCACGCUUGGAUCGAGCUCUUUGACCACUACAAGUUCCUUCUCGUCUGAAGACUCGGAUUUGACGUUGACAAUUGAUCCAUCCACCGAUGAAAGAGAAGGCAACGAAACGCAAUCCAAUGAAGUCGACCGUGGGUUGGCCGAUGUAAUAUCAUCCUUGAAGGAUUUUGAAGUGCAGUUUUCACAACGUAACUGCCAUUCAGAACCAUCCGCUUAUGAAACUGGUAGCGAAGUUCAGUUCAUGAGGUUCUUGGGUUUUGAUGAGUAUACCGCCAAUUCUACGGUUCGCAAACGGUGGAUCGAUCCCAUUCACAACAAUAACGAUUUUAACAGAGAAAUUGUUGCAACGUCUAAACGCGGCUCUCUCCGUACCAGUUGCAGUGUCCAAUCAAAAGGAGGAUCUUCGAAUAACAAAUUUAUAGAAAAUUUCUCCUCCGCCUCUCCUCUUUAUGAGACUAAUCCUGCUAUUCUUGGGAGAACUCACGUCAGUAGGGUUCCACUACGGUCGAGUCAGCUGGAAAACACUGGUCUCGAUCGAAAUUUUCCAAGACCAGCGUCGGCUCCAACUCGUAGGCUCUUUCCGUCAAAUCAACGACGAGGAGUGAAUCGAAGUGAUCCAGUGUCUCUGUGGAGAAUGUACAACAGUCAAUGGGAGCGUCAAGCAAGAAAUAACUUAACCAGUGAGCGAGCCUUACGCUGGUCGGUGAAAGCUGCAAUGGCUGUUCGGGAAGUCCCUCUCCUAAAUUCCUCUCGGCGCUCUCUUCUUUACGGCCCCUUUUCCUCACAUCGACUUUGA